CCUCGACUUUCUUCCCACGGUCGUGUGACAUUUGCCCGAGCAUAUACAUCAGUCCCAGUAAUCUCCAGAAGCUCAAUCGCCAAGCACCACACCGCGGGGACUCGACAACAUGUUUCUCCAGCGCAGCUCUCGCGCCCUCCGUUGGCAAUGGCGGACAUGCCACGCUGUGAGCCGCAGGGCCGACCCUACCACGCACAGCGCCGCCCUCUACAUGUCCAGAGGUUUCCGCUCGACGGCACGGAUGCAGGUGGUCAAGCCGGUCCUGCUCGCAGAUAUAGGCGAGGGUAUCGUUGAAUGCGAGGUCAUUCAGUGGUUCGUCGAGCCCGAGGCGCGAGUCGAGGAGUUCUCACCGCUGUGCGAGGUGCAGAGCGACAAGGCGUCGGUCGAGAUCACGAGCCGCUUCUCGGGCGUCGUCAAGAAGCUCUACUACGAGGCCGGCGAGAUGGCAAAGGUCGGAAAGCCCUUUGUCGACAUUGAUAUCCAGGGCGACGUCAAGAAGGAGGACCUCGAUGCCCUCACGGGUGACGCGCCAGCUCCGGCGGAAGCGUCAUCGUCAGGAGCCGUGCCAGAAAAACAGGCACAGAGCACAGAUGCAGUCGCAGAGCAAACCCCUACAGAGCCAGCACCCACAGAGAGCAGCAGCAGCUCAGGUCCGACGCCGCCGCCGUCAUCAAAGCCAAAGGGCAAAUCCGCACACCUGGCCACGCCCGCCGUACGGCAUCUCCUCAAGCAGCACGAGAUCGACAUCGCGGUGGUAGAUGGCACGGGCAAGGACGGCAGGGUGCUCAAGGAGGACAUAUAUAAAUUCCUCGAGGAGGGCAGUAGUAGCAGCAGCAACCAGGCCCCAUCAGCAGCAUCCUCUUCAUCCUCGCGAGCACCCCCAGCCAGCACCACCGAACAAGUCGAGACCCCCGUGGCCCUGACCAACAUCCAGACGCAGAUGUUCAAGGCCAUGACGCGCUCCCUGACGAUCCCGCACUUCCUGUACACGGACGAGGUCGACUUCUCGUCGCUGCACGAGCUGCGCCGGCGGCUCAACAAGGUGCUCGCGACUUCUGCGCUGGGGGAGAACGAGGUCUCCAAGCUCUCGUACCUGCCCUUUGUCAUCAAGGCCGUCUCCCUCGCGCUGUUCAAGUACCCGAUCCUCAACGCGCGGGUCGAUGUCGGCGGCUCCGACCCGUCCUCGUCCUCCAAACCAACCCUGGUGCACCGCUCGCAGCACAACAUCGGCGUGGCCAUGGACACGCCCUCGGGCCUGCUGGUCCCCGUGAUCAAGGACGUCGCCUCGCUCAAUGUGCUCUCGAUCGCGGCCGAGCUGGUCCGCCUCCAGGCCAAGGCCGCCGCGGGCAAGCUGUCCCCCGCAGACCUGACGGGCGGCACCAUCACCGUGUCCAACAUUGGCAACAUUGGCGGCACGUACCUCUCGCCCGUCAUCGUGGACAAGGAGGUGGCGAUCCUGGGCAUGGGCCGCAUGCGCACGGUCCCCGCGUUCGACGAGCACGACAACGUGGUCAAGAAGCAGGUCUGCAACUUCAGCUGGAGCGCGGAUCACCGCAUCGUGGACGGGGCCACGAUGGCCCGGGCCGCGGACGUGGUCAGGCAGGCCGUCGAGGAGCCGGACGUCAUGAUCAUGCAUCUGCGGUGAGGUGACUAUUUCCCGACUUGUGAGGAGACUUUUCGUCUGGCGGUAGGCCUUUUCUGGCCCGAGGAGAGGAGGUGGGUUUCCCUAGCGGUUGGCAAAAGUUGGAUGUCAUGACUAGGCCUGGCUACGAAUCAGGUCCUGAUACGGACACUCAGAUGUAAAUAGUCACAUAGCAUCUCGCAAGAGAGAGACUACAUGGGCAAACCCCUGAUUGCCUUGAGCUCAUCGCUCGCCAGACAGAUUCAAGCUGAUGAACGAUAGACAAAACACGUGCAGCGCAUGUGGAUGGGUCCUUUUCAAUCAACUACCGUGCUUCUCAAUCAGAUGACCGUCAAUCAAUCACAGAUUCCUC